UGUGCCUGUGUGAUGAGAGCUAAAACCAAAUGCUCCUCUUCCUGUCUGUUUGCAUGGUUUAUUGCAGCCAACAGCGACAUCUUUAGUCAAAGUAUUAUUACUUUUAAUAGAUUCAAACACUCCAGUUUGCUGGAUUCAGUUUGGAUAAGUCACAGAUUCCUGCUGCAGUAAAUUCAUGUUUGCUUUUUCUGAAAGGUUUUGGGCUUUGAGUUGGAAUUUGAGUUCUCGGCAUAGUUCCUAAAAUCAUUUUUUUUAGCUCUCGGUUCGCCUUUUAGCUUGCUUGGGUUUUCUAAUCCUUACAUCAUUUGGUUUGAGGCUGCUGUGCUUUUUUUGCGUGACUUUUAAACUUGACCCAUUGGAAAAGCUAUUUUUAAUUUUUGGCACUUGUGGUUGGCUGUCUCCUUUGAGCAGCAACAGCAGGAAAACUCAGUCCCUUGACCGCCGCUACGUGAGGGUGGAACACCGGCGGGGCGUGUGCUCUGACAGCCUGUUCAGGGACAUGUAUGACGACUCUGAAGAUGAGGAUGAUGAGGUGGGCUAUGCUGAUCCCAUCCAGGAUGAUCUCUAUGCUCGUAAGAUAGGUGCCAAACCGCAGCGGGCAAGAAGCGUGUCUUACAACACGUUCUUACCCAAGUUUUGGACACCUGAAGAGGACGUUCAUGUACAGAGGAUCAAACUGGGUUCUCAGAGGAGACCCUGGUACAAGGAGAUGCAAGGCUUCAGUCGUCUGAAGUCGGGCUCUUCGUCUGAUGACUCAGAAUGCGACGUCUGUCCUCGGUUCUCCUCUGCUCCUCCUUCUUCUUCAACAUCUCCCUCUCACUCCCACAAGCAUGAGACACCAGCUCAAACCACCCUUGUUGUUGGGAAAAGUCCUCAUGUCAAGGCACCCCCUGCCCCAGUGCUUCCUAAGAUAGAGCCCCCUCUCUUAGAGAUCCCACCACUGGUUUUUGCUCCUGUGGACCCCACCUCAGGUCCCAAACUGGUCAAAUGUGAAAAAUGGCCGCUCCUUGGGCGCGAAGACCCUAGAGAGCCACCAGACCCCAUUGAUUAUGAAAGCAUUGAUCCUGACUUGGAGAACGACGACAUGUUCACCAGGCGGAUCCUGUCGUUUCAGUCCAACGUAGACCUGGCCAUGUUUAAGAGUCGGCUCCCUGCCAAGCGGAGACUCUACUCAUCUGAACCGCAGCUCAAUAUUGUCACACAACAACAGCUUCAUAGAGAUGCAGAAGACAAGGACUACCCAGACAUCGAGCAGGAUGAUGUAGUUUAUCGCAAAGAGAAAACUCAGCAGGCUCAGCAGCAGAGAGCGCUCUCUGGAGCCCCGGACAGCUACACCCCCAUGCUCAUCCCAGAGCCCUGGGACCUCCCUGCUGAACUCAAAGGCAGACUCCUCUGCCCCCCCUGCCCUCUGACUCGGGAAGCAACCUUGACUAAACAAGAUCAAGAUAAAAAGGAGGUGCAUCCAGAGAAGGAUGACAUGCUUGUUCGGAAACUCCGACUUCACUCCGAUCAGAGUCAGCAGAAAGGCCCGUUACCUGGUCACACGUCUCCCUCUGUACCUUCCUCUUGUAGUGAAGGCGACUUACAGAAGUGGCAGGCAAUCAGAGAAGCCUGUCAGCUAAGAUACAAGAGAAAGCUUUUAUUAGAGAGGCUUGUGGCAAUGAAAGUGUAGAAACAGACUGAUGCAAAACUCCUGAUGUUUGUGUAAUAACCCUUAUGUCAGAUUAUACAUCAUCUUUGACUGAUGAAUCCAUUAAGGUUGAAAUGUAUCCACCCAUGCUGUUGUGUAGAUUUAUCAGCUGCUUCUUUACUUCACUAGAUCACUUUUAAACAUCAUUACUACACAGGAGAUGUGGUGACUUUUGCUGUAGAAACACUUUAGAGAGUUUACUUGGUUCUGGGCCGGUAUUAGGUUCUCACUGCUGCUCAUAAACUUAAAUCAUGUUGUGGUAUCCAAAGGAAUUAUGAAAAAAAGUUAAAGAAAAUUUCGUCAACAGUUUUUUUCUGACUUUAUUUUAAGAAACAAAAGCCUACUUAUGUGUUAUGUCAUCAUGGCUUCUGCUAUUACAUUUAAAAAACUGCUUAACCCUUCAUCAGUGAAGUGACAGUUUUUAUCAUACUAUCAGAGGUGUCAAAAGUAUGAAUGUUUAUUACUUAAGUAGAAGUAUAAAUCCUACUGUAUAAAACACUUUUGUUGAAGGUAGAGUAUCAAUUUAAGAUUUUUACCGUACUCAAGUAAAAGUGUAAAAGUACCAUUUUUAAAAUUACUUAAAGUAUAAAAGUAAAAGAAAUGCAGGAAAAAUG